UGCAGCAGCGACAGCAGCAUGUUUUGCUGAGUGAAGGAGGCAGCGCAACAUCCAGACGCACCUGUGGGUUAAAGAGAAGGUUUCAGCUCUCAACCUUCACUCGUUUGUUUCUUUUUCUUUCUUUCUUCUCCUUCUGCUUGCAAGCAAGUUCUGUCUCAGGAUUUGAAGACGCGUGUCAGGAUGGCGGCAGCAUCGACAGAUUCGGGGCAAGGGUCCACCAAGAUAACUCCUGAAGUGCUGCAGGAGAUGCUCCAGUACUACAACCUGAGCCGCCAGGAGUUUAUCAACACUUACAACAUCCAGCCGCUCGUCUACAUCCCCGAGUUGCCGUACAGCGCCAAGACCACCUUCGUGAUCAUGUAUAUGGUUAUUUUCGUCAUGGCUCUGGCUGGGAAUAGUUUGGUCAUCUAUAUAAUUGUGAAGAAACGGGCGAUACAGACGGCGACAGAUAUUUUUAUUUGCUCUCUGGCGGUCAGCGACCUGCUCAUCACUUUCUUCUGCAUACCUUUCACUUUGCUGCAGAACAUCUCCUCAGAAUGGUUCGGAGGAGUUCUGGUUUGCAAGACAGUUCCCUUUGUGCAGACUACAGCCAUAGUGACAGGCAUCCUCACGAUGACCUGCAUUGCCAUUGAGAGAUACCAGGGCAUUGUCUUCCCACUGAAAAUGAGGAGGCAGUACUCAUCCAAAAGAGCAUACAAGAUGCUAGGGCUGGUAUGGAUCGCCUCAGUCAUAGUGGGCUCACCAAUGUUGUUUGUGCAACAACUAGAGGUGAAGUACGACUUCUUGUAUGAUCACUACCACGUGUGCUGUCAGGAGAGAUGGCGCUCUCUGAGUCACAGGCAGGCAUACACCACCUUCAUCAUGGUGGCUCUUUUCCUGUUCCCUUUGGCAGCCAUGCUGUUUCUCUACACACGCAUUGGCAUUGAGUUGUGGAUCCGCAAGAGGGUGGGCGACUCCUCAGUCCUCAACACCAUGAACCACAGGGAGAUCAACAAGAUCUCAAGGAAAAAGAAAAGAGCCGUUAAAAUGAUGAUAACCAUUGUUCUACUGUUCACCAUUUGCUGGGCCCCUUUCCACACAGUCCACAUGCUGUUUGAGUACUAUGACCUGGAGAAGAAAUUUGACGGAGUCACACUUAACAUGAUCAUCGCCAUUGUUCAGGCCAUCGGGUUCUUCAACAGCUUCAACAAUCCCAUCGUGUACGCUUUCAUGAACGAGAACUUCAAGAAGAGCUGCGUCUCUACCCUCUCCCACUGCAUCCGGAAGCCUAACCAGCAGCGCUGCGCUGUGGUGGCUCCCAAACUGAGUGUACAGUUCAUCAAACCCCAGAGUAGAGAAGCCUUCCUCGAAUCAGAUGAAGGCAACGGCUCAAAGCAGCACUCGGCAGAGAAUGGCCCCACAAGUUCCUCGCAUGGAGAGAGCUCACUGGAAAUAAUAGGCGAAAAAAUUUCCACCAUCCAAACAGAACUCCCUGCGAACAGCUCCUCUCAAGUCAAAUGAAAAGGCACCUGCUCAAAGUUCAGGUGUUUAGUUCCUCUCUCCUGUUUGCUGUCAAUCACCGGCACUUGACAUCAGCAGCCGCAGGUGUGUCAGAUGCAACUUCAAUUAUCACAGUUGCGAUUCAAAACUCAAACAAGUCCAACAGCUUGAAAAUGUGUCUCUGCAGUGCCAGAAGUGAGAGCAUGUAUUCCAUUCUGGUCAGGAGAGCAGCAGGAACGAAAUGACGGAAUUCCCCAAAGAGAGUUUUCUUAUAAAGACUGCCCUGGGAGCAAUCUGGCCCCACGGAGAGACAACGAAACAGUUUGUCGUGUGAAUAAAAAAGGAAUUUCUGUUGAGAUGUCUGUGAAAUCUACAGGACAUUCAACCUCUAUCAGGGAGCAUUUUAUGUCAGAGAGAACCGUGUUCGAUGUCAUCUCAAACGAGCACAAACUGUUACCACUGUGGUAUUAUGGGAUCUCUUUGGAAACGACAACACUGAGAAGCAAAGGAUGAUCAAGGAUGAUGCCUUGGCUGUUAAUGCAAUGCUAAAUGCGUAUUCAAGUUAGCUAUUCAGCGUGAUUCUACUCUAGUAGUUCAGUUCAGGUUAAUUCAAUUGCAAAACUAUUUUAUUAAAGUGACACAAACUCUUACACAUUUCUAUGGCUUGAGAUCACCUCUUAAUAGAACUCAGAUCUGAUGAUGAAACACAUCUUAUUGUCAGAAGAGCAGAAACUGCUUUGCACUUUUCCUUCAGUUCAGUGAUUGUAUUAUAUCAUGUAAUUUAUUUUUGUUCUUUACUGCUAAACUGAGCAAAUGGGAUCUGUACAGCCCUGUGCAGUUAUUAACAGGUAAAAGAUGAAAUAGAAGACCACAUGCCUUAAUGUUUGAAAUAGAGUUAAAUGUUCAAACACUGCUCUUAAAUCACCAUACAGGACUUUGACUCAACCCUUUUUAAAUCAAAAAAGAUCAUUUUCACGCACAUACACACACACAAGGGACAAAAUUGGUUUUGGUAUUAAUGUGCUUAAUUGUGCUGAGGCCUAUUUCUGUUAUGUUGAUGUACGCAGCUCAAAUGAAUGCUAUUAUUUUGGUGUAUAUUUAAAGUUACUUAUUACAUGUCCUGUAAUGAUAUGUUUGGCUUGGCUUUUAUUCGCAGUUCUGUGCACAUUGCUAAUUUGAAAAUCAAAUGAUCAUUCGUUUAAAUUAUAUUUCUUUCUUUGUCUUUUUUUAUGCAAAUCAGAAUGCCAGUAGGCUUUCUGCUCUAUAUAAACUGAAUAAAGUGUGCUAUGACAACUUG